CGGCUAGGAGACCUCGAUGACCUCCAGAAAGCCACCGGGCACAGCGAAGUGGCGCUAGCUGCUACGCCUCAUGAUCACCCCUCCCGAGCAGUCAUAUAUCAUUAUCUGGGAAGUAUGCUCUCUAUGAGGUUUGAGCGGAUAGGCAACCUUGGUGACCUCCGGGAUGCCAUCAAGUACAGCGAAGGUGCACUAGCAGCCACCCCUCAAGAUCACCCGGAUCGUUUGUCCCGACAUAUCAACCUCGGGAUAAUUUUGUCUAGGAGGUUCGUGCGGACGGGAGAAGUUAGUGACCUCCGGGAAGCAAUUAAGCACGGCGAAGCGGCUCUAGCUACUGCCCCUCAAAAUCACUUGUACAGAGCAACCGUUCACGAUAACCUGGGAGCUAUGCUCUCUUGGAGCUUUGGGCGGAUUGGCAACCUAGGUGACCUCCAAAGGGCCAUUUGCCACAGCGAAAAGGCUCUAGUAGCUACCCCCCGAGAUCACACCGAUCGUGCGGGUAGACACAAUAGCUUAGGGAUCGAGUUGUCUAAGAGGUUUGAGCGAUUAGGAGAUCUUAGUGACCUCCGAAAAGCAAUUGAGCACACCGAAAAGGCAUUGGCUGCCACAACUCGGGAUCACCCAGACCGGGCAACCAUGUAUCAUAACUUGGGAAACAGGCUCUCUACGAAGUUUGAGCGGGUGGGAGACCUUGAUGAUCUUCAAAAAUCUAUUGAGUACAACGAAGAGGCACUAGCUGCAACUCCCCAAGAUCACCCCGAUCGCGCGGGCAGACACCACAGCCUAGGAAUCAAGUUGUCUAAGAGAUUUGAGCGGCUAGGAGACCUCGGUGACCUCCAGAAAGCUAUCAGGCACAGCGAAGAGGCACUCGCUGCAACUCCCCAAGAUCACCCCGAUCGCGCGGGUAGACACCACAGCCUAGGGAUCAAGUUGUCUAAGAGAUUUGAGCGGCUAGGAGACCUCGGUGACCUCCAGAAAGCUAUCGAGCAUAGCGAAGUGGCGCUAGCUGCUACGCCUCAUGAUCACCCCUUCCGAGCAACUAGAUAUCAUUAUCUGGGAAGCAUGCUCUCCAUGCGGUUUGAGCGGAUAGGCGACCUUGGUGACCUCCGGGAUGCCAUCAAGUACA